ACGUCACCACGUACGCGAAGACGCACGACGUAACGUAACGUCAGUUGGGAGGAAGCAUUGUUUUGUAAACAAAUACGCUUCAAACUGUUCAAAUAAAUUGACACCGUUGGCUUACUCGGACCUCACCCAGAGACAUUCAGCACGCGAAUAAUCCUCUUCACUCUUUAUUUUCUUAACCCGCGGUGAAUCGUGUGAACCCGGAACAAGCUGCUAACUAUCGAGCUAGCAUGUUAGCUUAACGGGCGGCUUUAGCCCAGGCGGCGGUGUGCAUGGUGGCACUAUGGAGCCGCUGAGUAUAGUUGUGGAUGAGGUGGCUUUGGAGGGACUCGACGGGAUAACUAUUCACUCUCUUUGGAUACGACUGGAGAGUAGAAAGCCUGCUUUCCCCCUCAAGCUCGACGACUGCACCAAAGAGUUCCUCUGGACGUCUCUCCUCAACAACACCGACCUGAAGUUCUAUCAGCUGCCGAAGGAGAGAGAGGACGUGCGGCUGUUUGACAGGUUCAAAAACAUCGACCCAGAGACGGGCAUCGAAAGGAGACCGUCGUAUUCCGACACGCUAAAAGACGCCUACCCCGUCAGUAUCACUCUAGAAAACAAGCAUGGGAUACAGGGCUCGUGUGCAGUCCUCAAAGAGCGGAUCGACGUCACUCGGCACGUCCGAUCCAAGUCCCUCGCCCCAUCGCUCGACCUCCCGCAGGCUUUGGAAAGAUAUGGCCGUAAGCUUGUCGUCGUGGCGUCCCAGAUGCUGCGAUUCAGAACCCUCAUCGGAGUGGACAGCGACCCCGAUCUGAAACUGAACGACUACUCCUUCUGCAUGUUGGAGCGAGUGGGGCGAGCGCGCUGGCAAGGGGAGCUCCAGAGCGACCUACACGGGAGCUCCUUCAAGAUCGACGCCGGGAAGCUGCACUACAUGCGGAAGGCGCUGGUCAAACACGGGCUCAUCACCAUGCAGCCCCACAUCACGCGGACGCAUUCGGGGCAGCAGCAACACUCCAUUCUUCUGCUGCUCAAACGCUUCCAUGUGAACAGGAGGACGAAGUACGACAUGCUGAUGGAGUACGUGUCCAACUUCCUCCUGCAGUCACCUGGUCACUUUGUCACCGUGCUGGUUCUCAAGGAACAGCUCUCUAGCAUCAGUGAGCGUAGCUUCAGGCUUUUAGUUCGGUACAUGCGAGCUGCCAAGUUGAUCGAGCACUGCCAGUUCCCUCUGGAGGACUUGGACCCCGAAGCCGGGCCCUGCGUCAACAAAUCGGGGAGGAAGGUGCUGGUGCGCUGUUUGAAGCAGGUGAAGCCGUACACACGGAAGGGCGUCGCUGACGACGAGGACGACGACGAGGACGAAGAUUACAGCAACAGAGCGCUGCCUCCGGAGGGGCGCAUCAUGGAGAUCGACGUCCUUACGCAGGCUUAUCACAUCGUGUUGGCCUCCGGCUCAAAGGGAAUAAAGCAGCGUGAUCUCGGGCUGCGAAUGAAUGUCGGUAAGCUGGAAUCUCGAAUGCUUUGUCGAAGGCUGGAGAGGGACGCCCUCAUUAAGGGAUUCAUGGUAGAUGAGGGUCGACAACGGGCCACAAGGUUCAUCAGCCACAGGUGUGUUGGAGUGAGUAACCAACUCCAAAUGUUUGCUAAGGAGCAGGAACGGAAGAAGCUUCUUUACGCGUCGCCGCAGACAUCGAACCCCCAGCCGCCCGCCCCGAAAACGCCAAAGAGCGCAAAGAAGAAGAAGAAGAAGAGGAAGAAGAAUAAGAGGGCGGGCGGAGGGGGAGACGACGACGACGACGACACCACCGACGACGACACAAAGGAAGCGGAUGUAGCGGGUGGCGCCUCCGACGCAGAGGGAGGCGCGAAGGGAGGCGCAGCGGGAGGGAAGUCGGCGUCCGGAAGAAAGAAGGCGGGAAGGAGAAGCGCAGUGAAACGUAGUCAACCGGAGAGCACGGGGUCUGAAUGUGAAACCAAACGAAAAGCCAGCGGCGAGGGCGCCGACGCCGCGACGCCCGACUCGGGGUCCGCUCCCCGAGCAGCUCUCUUUAAGGAGGAUGAAUCCAACUCUUCUCCAUCCAACCCGUUGCGUGAGGGGCUGAACGCCGCCGAUAAUCCAGACAACACCAACAUUGAGCUUGUUACAGAUAUCUGCAAGCCGCAGGCUCGCGAAAAAACCCAUCGGUAUUCGGCGAGAUCCCACGAGACGUACCGCCUGCUGAGGAGGAGGAACCUGAUCAUCGAGGCCAUCCGCAGCUUCAAAAUCAUCGAGGGAUUUUUCCUGCUUCAAAAGAUAAUCAAUGAAGAGGAGAAGAACGAUGGGCUCAACACAAAGUGCUGUAGGAAGACUGUUGUGCGUCUCGUAGACGGCUUGUCGAGAGAAGGCCUCCUGAAGGUCUACAAGACCACCGUCAUCCAGGACGGGAUCCACAAGAAGGUGGAGAUGAUCGUCCAUCCGUCCAUCCAGCCCAGCGAUGACAUGGUGACCGGAGUCAUCGAACAGGUCCGCUUCAAAAUCUCCAGCUCUUACACGGCCGUACGGCGGAAAAACGAGGAAGAGGAGGCCCGUAAACAGAGCCUGGAGCCCGAGGGCGCCAUGGGUGCCGAGUCUAAAAACCCACCCCGUGACAAGAGAAAAGCAGACGAUUUCAGUCCCAAACCAGUUCGGGGCUUGGGGAAGACGUUGGGCUUCCAGCCCAAGAUGCAUCGCCUGCACGUUGUCCACAGCUUCCUCUGCUACCUGAUCUACGGCCACCCGGGCAGAAGCGACCCCACCGACGUCCAGCCCGCCGCCCGGACGCCGGCGGACGCCACGGCCUCCGACGGCGCCGGGCCGACGGAGGCAAGCGGGCGGGCGGACGCCACCGCGGGCAGCCUGGACGUGACGCUGUCGUCGGGCGAUGAAGAGGAGGCGAAGGACAAAGCAACGUCCGCUUGCUCUCAGACCCACUUGAAAGUGUACGCCGAUGAAGACACCUGGAAGAGAUUCAUUCCUCCUGUCCGAGUCCACAAAGGGUUCAGCAGCGGCUGGGCGAUGGUGGGCGACCUGCUCCUCUGCAUGCCUCUCUCCGUCUUCAUCCAGGUCAUCCAGGUCAACUACAAGGUGGACGGACUGGAGGAAUAUAUCAGCGACCCUGUGAAGCAGCACCAUCUGGUCCGAGCGCUGCCCGCCAGAAUGAAGAGACAGCUGCUUUACAAACGGAAAUACAUCUUCUCGUUCCACAUGAACCUGCAGAAGUUGGUCUACAUGGGCCUGCUGCAGUUUGGUCCUGUGGAGAAGUUCACGGACAAAGACCAGGUGUUUGUGUACCUGAGGCGGCACGCCACCAUCGUCGACACCACCAGCGCCGACCCUCACUACUGGAUCGUCACCGAGUCGCCGGAGAAACCCUUCGAGAGGCGCCGGUACACCUUUAACACGGCCGAGGACGUGGAGAACUACUGGUUUGACCUGAUGUGUGUCUGCCUCAACACGCCGCUGGGGAUAAUCCGCAGUAAGAAAGAUAAUGAAACGGCACCUUCCUUUUUGUGCGAACGCCACGUGUUUGCGGGACUGUCAAACCUGCUGAAGGGCUCCCGUGAGGCGACUGAUGACUGGUCCACGCCGGGAGACGGGAAAGGAGCCGCAGGUCUGGACUCUGAAUUCUUUGCUCACCUUAAACGCAACUGGCUGUGGACCAAUCACCUUCUGAUGAUCAAAAAGGCCCCUAGCGGUAGUCAGUCGACGGAGAACAAAAUCCGGCUGAAGAGCCUCUUGACCAGAAGCGCUUUCAGGAUUGUGCUCAAAGCCGGGGGAACAACUGCACCUCGCUACGUGACCGACAAGAGGCCAGUGACAGAGGUUGUGACGUUGGAUGUCGAGCCGGCGACCAGAAACAAGCGGGUUGUCGGCGGGAAGAAGCAGAAGAGGAAGAGAAGCAAACAGCAGGUGGCCAAGGUGACCAAGGCGGCGCCGCGCAAGAAGAGAGAGCCGAAGAAACGCACCCCCGCUCACGACGAGGCGGACCACCGGGCCAUAAAGAGGAUGACCCGGCAGCGGGUCUACUGGUCCGUGCAGGAGGACUCGCUGAUGAUGCUCUGCCGGGUGGCCGCACACCUGCUCAACAGCAAGCUGAAGAGGCCGUACGUCCCGUACUGUGUGGUGAGAGACCUCCUCCAAGCCGAGUACGAGAUAUCGAUGGACAAGACGUCCGUCGCCGUCGGACGCCGCACCCGAUACAUCCUGAAAAACCCGCAGACUCUUCUGAACUACAGGAUCUGUCUGGCCGAGGCGUACCAGGACAAACCUCUGAUGAAGCUGUUGGAGUCCAAGAAACCUGCAGAUCCGGAGAAUUCAGAUGAUUGUGCUAAAUCGUUCUCCGAGUAUGCCAGACUGCUCCGGGAGAAGUUCAGAACUGUUCUGAGCACCACGGAUCUGGUCAUACCGGACACCAAGCGCCAGCUCUUCUCACGGUUCAAGGUUUCGGCGAUAGAGAGCCUAAGGAAGGUGCCGAGGAAAGACACCAUCAACUGCUCAGAUGACAUUCAUGCCAUCGUGUUAGAAAACCUGAUCCAAAGCACUCUGGCCAUGACCAACGCUCAGAUGAAGUCGUCCCGGUCCUUUCAGACCUUCCACAUGUACAGCAGGUACAAACAGGAGCUGCUGUGCCAGAUCUUCAUCCAGUUCAGGAAGAAGGGCCUGGUCAACCGCCGCCGCGUCCAUCACCUGUUCGGGCCCAAGAAGAACCGCGCGCUGCCCUUCUUGCCGAUGUCCUACCAGCUGUCCCAAUCCUACCACAGGUGUUUCUCGUGGCGCUUUCCUCACUCGCUGGUCAACCACUCCCACCGCUUCCUGCGAGCUCUGAUCGCCAACGGGGCGGGGGACGACCGGCCCGCCGUCGAGUUCCACCACGAGACUGCCGACCGCUCCCCGAGCCGCGAGGAGGCGACGGAGAACAAAAGACCCCGGAAGAAAGCCGGAGGAGGAGGAGGAGGAGGAGGAGGAGGAGCGCCGGGUGAACCAGCGCCGGCGGCCGAGGAGCCGAUGGAGGCGAGCGGCGAGAAAACGGAGGCGGAGGGUCUCCCGGCCGCCAAGGCUGGAGCCAGCGGGGGGCGGGCGGACGAGGCCCCGCCCCCGGGGGAGGAGCCUCCGGACACGUCGGACCUGAUGCUCUUCUCCGUGGACGCCGCGGUCGGCGGCUGCGCCGUGUCUCUCAGCCUGAUGUCUCUGGGGCUGCUGAGCCUCCUCGUCUCCGUCCCCAGGCAGAUGGUGGUGGUGGACAGCAACCUGUUGGACACCAGCCUCGUCAAGAGCGUCGGCGCUUUGGAGGAAGACGACGACGACGACGACGAUGACGAGGAGGAGGACGAGGAGGAUGACGCCGAAGAGUGCGACGUGAAGAAGAAGAAGAAGAAGUUAGGGGUGAAGUCGCAGGCGUCUCAAACCAAGUUCCUGAUGAUGCUCGGACACCGCUCCCCGGGCAUAGUCAAACUACGUAACAUCAACACCUCUGACAGCAUCGUGGUGGAGUCGUGUAUCGUGCGGAUGAAACUGCGCGACACACCUGCCCACCACCUGUUCCCUCAAGAGAAAACACCACCGCUGGACUUGAGGAGAGGCGGCGUGCGCCCGGUGCCCUCCGUCCUCACAGCCUUCACUCGCUCCUCCUCCUCCUCCUCCCCGUCUCCCGGCGAGGUGGAGGAGUGCCACGCGCGCUUGGUCCAGCAGAAGGGCUACACCCCUCGGGACGUGGACGCCUUCGAGCAGCUCAGGAGCAGCCUGGAGGCAGCCGGUGAGAGCGGCCUGGACGUGGAUGACCUCCACCGGGGGGGGCACCGGCACCUGGAGGAGCCGCGGUCCGGACGCACCCGCAGCCUGCAGCAGUACAUGCAGGACUUGGAAGAAGAAGGCCAGGUGUCAAAGGUCGGGGGCCUGGGCGUCCGCUGGGUGCUCCUGCAGCACGCCGAUCCCUGGCUGCUGACCGUCAACUCCAAGCACUGGUCCGACUCCAGCACCGGCACCGACAGACUCCCCUUUUUGCAGAAGGACCACAACAUCCCCUUCCUGCGCAAGAGGUCCAGGCGGGAGGCGCGGAAGGAGGCCGGGGAGCCGCCCGCAAAGAAACCGCCUUUGGGCGGCGAGGGCGGAGCCGGGGGGGCGCCGGGCGACGCGGCAGCAGAGGCUCUGAGCAAGGAGGGUGCCGACAGAGCCCCGAACGUGGAGGCGGAGGGAGGGGAGCCGACGCGGCCCGCGGAGGACGGAGAGCACAAGGCGGCGGCGGCGGAAACGGAAGCCAAGCGGGAAGGAAGGAAGCUCCGUAGGGUCCGGUUGAGGAGUAUCGGGGAGGAAGCGGCGGGCUCUCCGGACGCAGCCGACGACCCCGGCAACCGGAGCUUCAUCAGCCGGCCGUGGCGCAUGGUCGACGGCAACCUGAACCGGCAGGUGUGCAAGUUCAUGCUGGAGGCCGUCAUGUACCACGUCAUGUCGUGUCCCGGAGUGACGCUGCAGACGCUGGUGGAGCACUACAAGGACAAGCUGCAGCCGAUGGCGCUGCUGGACCUGCUGCAGGCGCUCACAGAGUUGGGCUGCGUGACGAGGUGCGUUCUGGCGAAGCCUCCGAAGGCCUCGCUGUUCGGCCGCUCCGUGGACCCAACCGGCGCCGAGGCGGCGGCGGCGGCGGCGGCGGAGGACCCGCGUCUGGUGUUCUACGAGCCCACCAUCAGCUGCCUGCUGCGGCUCGGCAGGGCGAUGCCCGAGGAACGCCACGGCCAUCACACGUAGCCCAAGCCCUCCCCUAACGAAGUAGAUCUGAGACCUCACUAAUGUCAUCGGGUGACACAUUUUACUUUUAUUUUUACGUUCUCUUUUUAUUCCAAAUAAAUGAAGUCAUUCUAAGACAAAA